AUGAUACUUUCAUAUGAUCUGAGCAAACCAUUCACGCGCGACACGAAUGUGACGGGACUUUUACUGGACGGGACUUUGUCAAAAGCCCGAGGUGGCAAGGGCAAUGCCAACGGCGACGCACCUGUAUACUAUGAUGGCGCGAUUCUCGCCAACGAUGCAGAAUUCUUCCUCUAUGGCGGAGCAGUCUUUCAAGACAACGAGCUGUACGACCCGCCUCCGAGCUAUGAAACCCUCAAGUACGAGGCGUACCCUUACGGCCCCGAUAAGCCUCUGUGGAAGCCCGGCUUCAGCAGCAGGCGCCUGCCAGACGGCAUUACCAGAUAUGUUGCCUAUGGCGGCGCAGCCAGCGCGCCUUCCGAGAACAAAGCAUGGCACUUCUCAGGUCUGACGGCUCCCAGUCGUGGUCCCUUUUUCUGGAAUGCUGCAGCCUCUCCUGAUGUGAAAGCGUCUGUUCCCUCGGAUACCCUAAUCACUUUGGAUAUGGCCAGUCAACUGACAGAAAAGUGGACAAACUCUACUUUACCGAGCCAUAUACAAGGACGAGCGAAUCCAGAAGUUGUAUGGGUCCCUGUAGGGGAGCAAGGAAUUUUGGUCGUCCUCGGCGGUGCAGUAUAUCCCGAAUGGGCUGGCGAGGCGCAUGUUUCGCCCAAUGAAACCCUCAGUGAGAAAGAGAGCCCUGUAUUCAUGAGUACAGUUGACAUAUACGACGUUGCGAAUGAUACAUGGUAUCAGCAACCGACCAAAGGAGGCCCGGGUACCAGAACGCGGGGCUGUGCUGUCAUCGCCCCUGCCGCAGAUCGUUCGAGCUUCAAUAUCUACUACUAUGGCGGUUUCGAUGGUAUUCAUUCGUCAAAGGACUUUUAUGACGACGUCUGGGUUCUAUCGCUGCCAUCGUUCACCUGGACCAAGAUUGGUGAAGGAAAAGCAAGCCAUGCCCGUGCCGGACACAAAUGCUUCCUGCCAUACCCUGAUCAGAUGAUGGUCAUUGGUGGCUACACGCCACUCUCUGGCACCACUUUGACCUGUUUGGAGGACGGGCCAAUUGCUUUGCUCAACAUCACAAGCGGUGAAUGGAUGGAGCAAUAUGACCCUGCAAAGUACGGUGUAUAUGGUGUACACCAAAAGGUGCAAGCGACCAUUGGCGGGAACAGUGCCGGCCAUGCCACGGCAACAGCACCCGUGCCGUCUGGAUGGGCAACGCCAGCUCUCGGAAAACUGUUUGCGACAUCGUAUAACUUUGACAAGAUGAAGACCCAUUGGCCGUAUAAGCCAUCAAACACAGCCAGUACAGAGUCCCCCAAACAACCAAUUCCCACUGGUCAACAGCGCAAGGGCGUGCCCGCCUGGGUCGCUCCAAUAUUAGGCGUCGUGCUUGGUCUCGUGUUAAUGACAGGAAGUCUACUUGCAUUCUGCAUUUGGCGUCGUCGAAGGGCAUCUCACGAGGGAUCUGAAACGUCAUCUUCGCGCGAGGCCAUGCCGGAGCGACUCUACUACUGGGUUAAGGGCCACCCCCAGCGCCAACCAACUCUCACGUCGACACGCUCCUGCGAAGACUCGGGAGCAGACCGCUCUCCUACACUGAAACUCGUAUCCCCGAGUGAGACUUGUUCAUCUCCAACUACCACUGCAUGUCACGAGAUGGAAAAUACUCAGCUUGCCGAACUCGACGACACGUCGUCGCCAGUGGAACUUCACGAUACGGGCCUCAGUACUGCAGAUGUGAUGUGGCGGAACGCUGGUUUCACGCCCCUCUUGACCAGCUUUAGCUCGCGGGCCUCUCUCAGGUCGGCCGUGUGCGAAUCACCCGUGAUAAGUAGCAUCAGCGCCAGCGCCAGCGACGGUACGCCUUCGACGCCCCUUCAUCCUCUACGUUGGACCUCAAAGGUGUCCGCCUUUUCUUCUGUCAGCGCCGAGAGCGGCGAGGGAACGAAUUCGUGGUCGCCGAAUGGCGUCGUCAGUCCCAUCGGCCCGACUACAUCGCCUAUUGCAGAAAGUGUUGCAGAAAAGAUGAUGAGGAUGCCGACCAUGACGUUGCGGCGAGAGCGAGUCCACUGCAAAAUGUAA